AAGCAAUCCUCAACCAAAUUGCUGUAUAAAAGUUGUUGCUUCACAUGGAAACAUUAACCAACCAAACACACCUACGUAUAGUGUGUUCGUUCUCUGCAAACUCAACUAUCUCACCGUAACCAGCCAUGGAAACACUUCCAUUGUUCACAUACUCUCUCUUCUUCCUCCUUUCUCUUCUCAUCAUUUUCAAACUUUUCUUCCAAACAAAGCACAAAAACCUUCCACCAGGUCCACCACCUCGUCCCAUAAUCGGCAACCUUAACCUCCUCGAACGCCCCCUCCACCGGUUCCUCCAACGCAUGUCCCAAACACACGGCAACGUCUUCUCCCUCUGGUUCGGUUCCCGUCUCGCCGUCGUCGUUUCAUCGCCCUCCGCGUUCCAAGAAUGUUUCACCAGAAACGACGUCGCCUUGGCCAACCGACCCCGCUCCCUCUCGGGAAAGCACAUCUUCUACAACUACACCACCGUGGGGUCUUGCUCCUACGGCGAGCUCUGGCGCAACCUCCGCCGCAUCACCUCCAUGGACGUUCUCUCCACGCAGCGCAUCCACUCCUUCGCCGGAAUCCGUAAGGACGAAACCGACAGGGUGAUCCACGCCCUGGCCAGGGCCUCGCGCACGGAGUACGCGCACGUGGAGAUGAGUUCCAUGUUCCACGACAUGACUUACAACAGCAUGAUGAGAAUGCUGUCGGGAAAGAGGUACUACGGGAAGGAGAUUCAGGCGAAGGAUUUGGAGGAGGCGAAGGAGUUCAGAGAGACGGUGGAGGAGUUGCUGCAACUGGCCGGAGUUUCCAACAAGGCUGAUUAUUUGCCCUUCCUUCGGUGGUUCGAUUUUCAGAACCUGGAGAAGAAGCUGAAGAGUAUUAACAAGAGAUUCGAUACGUUCUUGGAUAAACUCAUUCGCGAGCAACGCAACAAGAAGGAGAGGGAGAAUACCAUGAUCGAUCAUCUUCUCACUCUGCAGGAAACGCAGCCUCAGUAUUACAGUGAUCAUAUCAUCAAAGGCCUUGUUCUGGCAAUGAUGUUCGCUGGCACAGAUUCUUCUGCUGUAACAUUAGAAUGGUCGCUAUCAAAUUUAUUAAACCACCCAGAAAUGUUGAAGAAAGCAAGAGAUGAAUUGGACUUUCACGUGGGAAAAGACCGGUUGAUAAACGAGUCAGACCUUCCAAAAUUGACAUACCUGAAGAAGAUAAUCCUUGAGACGCUGAGAUUGCACCCUCCUGCUCCACUCGCAAUACCACACGUGUCCUCGGAAGACGUCACCAUUGAAGGGUUCAACGUUCCACGAGACACCCUGGUGAUGAUUAACAUCUGGGCCAUGCACAGAGACCCUACGCUGUGGAACGAAGCCACGAGCUUCAUACCGGAGAGGUUUGAUGAAGAGGGAUUGGAGAAAAAGGUGGUUGCGUUUGGAAUGGGUAGAAGGGCUUGUCCAGGAGAAGGUUUGGCUCUGCAAAACGUUGGACUAACUUUGGGAUUGUUGAUUCAGUGCUUUGAUUGGAAACGAGUCAAUGAGGAUGAGAUCGAUAUGAGAGAGGCAAACUGGUUCACCUUGUCGAGAUUAACUCCAUUGAAUGCCAUGUGUAAAGCUCGACCAUUUGUUAACGAUCUUAGCUUCAACUAAUGAGUGCAUGAUCUAUGAUUUUCUGUGUUUUUGUGUUCAACUGUAUAAUAAUGUACGUGGGUAAAGCCUGUCAUAUAUAUCAGAAUACUUAUAUAUGCCAGGUUUUCUUUGAUAAUAAAAUUUCUGGACUCUUAGUAAACUUCAA